CGAUUUUUUCAAGAGGUUAUCUCAAGCGCAACGCUUAUCACGCGCAAAGUCCUUUGGAGUUAUACGGAAGUAUUGUACGAUGGGAGCUAAUCAUUUAAUUUAUGCCUGUUCCCUGAUUUUGACGUUUUGUCUCUCAGCUGUUUUUUGCGAGAUUGAACCGCGUUACGAUGAGAAAAUUGAACUUUUUGCGACAUCGACAAAAAUGCCAGAGUUUGUGUCCGAGAAGCCACAGGCUGGAAUGGGGUUCCUACACGCUUUCGUAGCAUCUUUAUCGGUCAUCGUGGUAUCUGAAUUAGGAGACAAAACGUUCUUCAUUGCCGCUAUUAUGGCAAUGAAGCAUCCACGGUUGACUGUAUUCAUUGGUGCGAUAAGCGCUCUUGCAUUGAUGACCAUUCUAUCAGUGGUGUUCGGAUACGCAGCCACAAUAAUUCCUCGUGCUUAUACCUACUAUAUCUCUACUCUUCUCUUCGCUUUGUUUGGAUUAAAAAUGUUACGAGAUGGAUAUUAUAUGUCGCCAACAGAAGCACAAGAAGAGCUAGAAGAAGUUCAAUCUGACUUAAGGAAAAGAGAUGACGAGUACGAAAAGGAGACGGCGAGUACUUUAGUUCAGGAUCCAGAAACCGGUGUAAUACGCAAAACUACUAAAAGCAGCGCAUUCAUGCUACUAUCUAGGAUAUUCUUACAAUCAUUCACCCUUACCUUUCUUGCGGAAUGGGGCGAUCGUUCUCAAUUAACGACCAUUAUUCUUGCAGCAAGAGAGGAUGUUUAUGGAGUCGUUCUAGGCGGAAUACUUGGGCAUUCGUUUUGUACAGGUUUAGCAGUUAUAGGAGGGCGCAUGAUAGCUCAAAGAAUAUCAGUGAGAACAGUGACCAUUAUUGGAGGUUUAGUGUUCAUAUUAUUUGCCGUAACAGCGCUCUUCGUCAACCCCGUAGAAAGUGUUUGAGGACAACUCUUCCUUAACUUUACAAAUUUCUACCAGUAUUGCUUUAUGAAUGUUGUACAUUGUGAGAGUAUUGUAAGUUUGUACAUAGUGAUCUGUUAUACUGAGUUUAUGCGAAACUACAAAGUUAACUAAGCGCUGGCCAGUUUUAGCCAGUAAGAAAUUUGUCUUCUUAAUAUAUAUUUUGUUGCACUCGACGUACACACUAACACAACACCCUCCUACGUCCAUCCUUCCUCUUUCCGUGAAGUAAUACGAAAUAGUAUUUAAUAAGAAAUUUAUUUCGUAUUCUUGUAAAAAGUACGUCGGAGCAUGUUGUGUCAGUGUGCAUCAAGCACAUUUUGGGAGUCGUAACAAAAUAAGCUUUUACGUAACUUUAGGCUUACUUUCUAACGUAUAGAGAUCGAUCGUGUCAAAGAUCUCUCAGCUUUAAAAGUAACAAUACGUAAUUAAAAGAUCGAUCUUCUCCUAUCUUGGCUUAAUCGAUAUCCGACAGCACGAAUAUAUGUAUAUAAGUGCUUAAAAGUAUCGAUGAAGAACAAAAUUUAUUUUAUAGUUAAAUAA